AUGCGCUUGUCGUUGCUCCUCUGUGACCUCUACCUGGCCACGGCUGUCGUUGCUGGCGGCUACCAGGGUGCUCUGGAGCGCGUCCUCCUGUAUUACGCGUACCAGAUCGACGGGCUCAAUGAUCCCAGCUACCGGCAACUGGGCUACAAGUGCGUCUCGUGGCAAAAGGAUGCCGGCGAGUGCAAGGACAACAAUUGGGAACAGUACAAGUGCACUGCCCUGGACGACCCAAAUGAAAAGAAGGGCAAGCGAUGCAACUUUUGGCAGCUCAUGACGAACCUGGGCGAGACAAGGGGCGGAAAUAACGCCAAGCUCAUGAUGCCUGAGGGCGUGGACGCCAACGCUAAGACGCUACCCAUUGAGAAGACGGCCGUCAGCUAUUACAUGUACACGCGUGAGCACAUGCCUGAUGUCAACAGCGCCGGCGAGCCGGACAAGGGCAAGGUGGGAGACUACCAGCCCUACAAGUUCCUCAAGUACGGCGAGACCAACUAUAACGAUUGGCUGGGUCAGCUGGGCGACAUCGUGCAGAGCACAGCAAAAGCAAAAAAGAGCGACGCCAACAAGUGGAUGUUUGAGGAGUUUCAGAACACUGUCAAGCAGAUCCGCGCCGCCCGCAUCGGCGACAAUGGCCGCUUCGUCGUCGCGGAGUACAAGAAGAACGCUAGCAUGGACAAUAAGAACAUGGUCACCGACAAUCCGGGCACCAACCCAGCCACCAAGAGCGAAUACAAGAACCUCGACUGGUACGAGAACCACCGGGGCGAGUGGAUCGAGUUCAACUGGGCCGAGACGCAGAACGAGAUGGACAAGAAUGGCGUCAAAGAAGCAGACAAAAAAAUGGCCACCUUUCGGAACAAGUAUUUUGAAAGCGAGAGUGCCCGGCAGCACCAGGCCGUCAUGAACGAGUUUGAGCUCAUAGAGAGGAAGGUCACGGGGUGUAGGUAG